AUGCGGAAGUUCAUAAACAAGGUUAAGCAGCGAUUGGAGGAUCCCGCUGAGCACGGCUCUCAGGGUGUGGUCGUUGUGGGCGCGCCAUCGGUCGAGGCACCAGCCCACUGGGCAUCGUUUCCCAGCGAGCAAGAUUGGUUUCGCUACCGCAAGCAGCGCGGAGUUAACCUAGGGUCUUGGUUUGUUCUCGAGAGAUGGAUCUCAGACUCUCCAUUCCGCAAUGCCGCGGGCUCGGGUCAGAGCGAUCUCGACGUAGCGACGGGGUCGGGUGCCAAGGAGAUACUUGAGCACCACUGGGACACCUGGAUCGUCGACGCCGAUUGGGACUGGCUCGCAGAGAAGGGGAUCAACACCGUCCGCAUCCCAAUCGGGUACUACCACAUCUGCGGGGUCGAUCCCUCCGUCCUCGACGGCACCGAUUUCGCCAAUCUCGGUCACAUCUUCGUGGGGGCAUGGAGCAGGGUCACGAGCGCACUCGCCCGCGCACAUCGAUCUGGGAUCGCCGUGCUUUUCGAUCUGCACGCUGCGCCGGGGAAACAGAACGCGGACGCGCACUCGGGGACGUCCGCGCACCCGGCAUUCUUUGCGCACCCGGCGAAUAUGGCCCACACCGUGCGCAUCCUCGCCGCGUUCGUCGCCCAUAUGACCGCCUUUGCUCGAUCACAUGACCCGCCUCUCCCGAACCUCGUUGGCGUCGAGCUCCUCAACGAGCCGCAGCCCGGGUCGGCGAACGACUCCUUGAAGGCGUGGUACCGGGAUGCGUUUCGAGCUGUGCGCGCGAUCGACCCCGAUCUCCCGCUGUACAUCAGCGACGCCUGGCAGACCGACAACUACACGGGCUUCAUCAAGACUGCGGACACACCAUUCGUAGUGCUCGACCACCAUCUAUACCGAUGCUUCACCUCCGAGGAUACUGCGAUGCCGGCUGCGGAGCACGCGCGACGACUCCGAGAUGGCGGCGAGGGCACCCCACAGCUAAUUGCGCGGGUUGCUGGCGAGCUAGAGGGCGCUGGCGGGGGGCUCGUCAUCGGCGAGUGGUCCGCCGCGCUCAAUCCGGGCUCGCUACACGGGGCAAGUGACGAGAGGCAGGAGAAGAGGGCGUACGUUGAGGCGCAGCUGCAGCUUUAUGAGCAGCACUGUGCGGGGUGGUUCUUCUGGACGUACAAGAAGGAGCACCCCGGUGACACGGGGUGGUCGUUCCGCGAGGCGGUGGACGCGGGUGUCUUCCCAUCUGACUUCGCCAGGCGUGGCGCAACGCCGGGACAACGUGGUGGGGCGAGCGAUGCGCGUCGGGACUCGGCGAGGGAGAGGGCGCUAGGCGAGCAUGUGGGCUAUUGGCAGCAGUACCCCGGCAACUACGAGCACUGGCGAUUCGCCGACGGGUUCACGGGAGGCUGGAACGACGCUUACCUGCUCAGCACACUCGCUGCGCAGGGCGCGUACGCCGAGGAGAUCGGAUUCGUCGGUCCGUGGAAGAAGCGGCGCGUCCGCGAGCACAUCCAAGAGAAGGGAAAUAAUAGCAUAUGGGAGUUUGAACAUGGCUUCUCGCAAGGCUUGCGGGCGGGAAGCGCCGAUCUUGCUGCCACACGAUGAAUAUUGCCGUGCUGUGUCACGGACGCGUGCGUAUGCACGAAGGGAGCUCAAGGGAGACUGUGUACAUUAUUGCGAGUUCGGCGGUUGCUGAUGGAGCGGUAUGGGUAGUAGACUAACGGGUCUCAUAACAUCCCGCG